AAAGACUAUUGUUAUCAGACUCAAUUGUUGUUCUAUAGUACUGUACCACGUAUGUGUCUAGAUGUCCAGUUCAGUGAAUACAUUGGACUUAUACACAAACGGACUUGUGGUUUACAAGGGUCAUGGAAGGUAGUCAAAAGAAGAGGAAACGAUUAUUUGUUCUAACUCCGUAUCAAAUAAUCCUAGCAUGCAUAGGUACAGUUUUUCUCACUUGGAACGUGAUUCUGUAUCGAACCAAGAUGACUGUUACACGGGAGCCUCAGGCCAAGGAUUACGUAUCGGAUGAAAGUCGAAAAGUAAAUACAUGGAUUACACAGGGGUCUAAUCAAUAUUUCUUCGAAACGGACAAGACAUCACGAUCAAUUAUAAAUCCUGCAAAGGUUAACAGCUCAUCAAGCCGCUCAUCAAACGUUGGGAAACCUCCACUGGAAUCAAAUUCAGAAGAGUAUAUUUCGAAGAAAGAUUUAAUGAAGAUACUGGAUGAGUUCAUUAGAAAACGUGACAAAUACAGAAAAAUAACAGAACAAAGUGAGUUAAUUCCAGAUAAAUCUAAACCGAAGGAAAAUGAUAGCAGCAACUUCUCAGCUAGAGCCAGGCGAUCACUUUUUCAAGUACAAAACCCCUCAAAGAAUUUUUUUCGGGUAGGAGAGAAAUUUCGACUAACAAUUUUCAUGAAGGAUAAGUUAGGACGGAAUAUUACCCUCGGCGGAGACUUUCUGAGAAUGUGGAUGAAAGAGACAUCGGUUAACGCUCACGUGAGCGGCGUUGUCACUGACAACGGCGACGGAACGUAUUCGGGUGAGGUUCUUCUUCCCUGGGCUGGCCAGCCGACCAUUCAUGUUGCUCUUAGUCAUACCAAGAAUGACGUAAAUUCUGUAACGAACGCAAUCAACAAUUAUGGCAUCCUCAACAAAAUGUACGCGCAAUUUGUGAGCAAGGACAGGUUAGUUCAGGAAAGCGUUCCCUGUGGGCCGCUGCCAGUGUUUUCACUGAGGAAGGAAAACAUGUGCAAUCUCACCCGUCUUAACUAUGGAUAUUAUUGGUACAGUGCAAAACCGUCGUCCCCGAAACUUUCCUGUGGUGACUGGGUAGCUAUUCGAGGUACCAACAAUCUCACUGUUCCAGGUCAGAUCGCCGACAGAAUAAGAUAUACACAACAUCAGCCGAUUGGAGAACCAAUACAGAUUACAGUUAUUGGAAAACCUGGUUACGUGUUGAAAAGAAAACCAAAUUUAUGUUCUCGUCGCCCAAGAGAAAAUACGUGGCGGGAACCUAGUCCAUCCGGCUUCAACUAUCAAGAUAAAUGGACGAUCACAGGGUGUCAAAGCAAUCUGACAAAGACAGUUAGGAAUUACCACAAAUGUCUUACGGGACGUCACCUGAUGAUUAUGGGGGAUUCUAACACUAGAUCAUUCGUACACAUUUUCGUCUCUAUGUUACAAAUGUUUUACCUUACUAAACCAAUGCCAGGUGGAAGCUGGCACGAUUUCGUUUACGCCGAAAAUCAGUACAACAAUUCAUUGUCGUGGUAUCCACACGGAUCCCCAUUUUUCGCAAAUUUCUUGGUCCCCAAAUAUAAGUUACAACCAGUUUCGAAACACUUAGAUGAAGUCGGUUCAGGAAACAAUAGCGUUAUUAUCAUACAUCUAUGGGGACAUUUCAUGAGAAUCCCAUACGAUGUUUUUCGAUUGCACGUUCGUAAGAUCCGGGUAUCUGUGGAAAAAUUACUCCUAAGAUCCCCGGAUGUAGAUAUCGUCAUCAAAGGACCCCACGCAAUGACUUACUUUGAUUGGAUUACACCAGUGGAUGCUAUAUGGCUGGAACAUAAGCGAAUUUGGUUUGAGGAGUUUAACGGACUACAUGACAAGGUGCUAUUCAUCAACUAUUGGGAUAUGACAGUUGGGAUAGAGAACAUCGACAUCCAUCCGGAAGAGACGGUUAUUUGGAGUCAGGUUCACCUGUUAAUGCAACUUCUAUGCCGUAAUAGUUAUAAAUGAUGGUUAUUUCAAAUCUUACUGGACUUAGUGACUGGCCAUAAGUGUGUGGGAAACUGGAGUGUCCAUAGAUGAAUUCCAAACAUUUACACGUCUGUUUGGGAAUCGAAACCAUGCCGUUUAGAUGAAGGUCGAGUUCUUCAACUACACCUUCCUGAACGUUAAGAAGUCGUUCAACCUGAAUUGAUGUGAACUCAGGCCUGUGUGUAACGAGUAUAUUAGAAUUUGCUAAAACUUCGAACUUGCUAUAAAUUUUUGGGUAGAUCAAGUUGAAGCAAAAAGGAAAUGCGCAGUUUCCACGAUAAAGAUCGAAACAAAAUUUGUUGAAUAAGAGUAAAUUAAAUGAUGUUAUUAGAAAUAGCAAUUACAGAGCGUACAAAAUAACAGCCAUCAUAGACUUACAGUACACACGUAGUAGGUCUAUGUAGAAAUAUGAUCUGGCAUUAAAUGAUGUUUUUGUCCAUUUUGGAUAGAUAAAGUUCUUCUAUAAUAUAUGUAAUAAUAAAAAUGCUUUCAUAAUUUAA